UUUUGGGGGGCGGGGUGCAAGUGGGAAGCCUGCUGUUCAGCCGCAGGGGUUCUCCGCCUCCCCCCACCUGUAUGAGGCUGGGCCUGGGGAACCUGUGCCGAGCACCCCACCUCCUGGAGCUUGGGCUUGGUCUUCCCUGCGGGUCCCCGCGCUGACAUUCAGGCGGGGGGUCAAGAGGCCUGGCGCGCCUCCAGAGAGCGCCGGGGGAGCUGGGCCAGGGCUCUGGGCUCUGAAGGCGGGGUCGCCCGCAUCCUGGACCGGUCUGUAGGCCUGGGGAACCCCGCCGGCCGGUAGGUGCUGAGUAGGGGAAGCCAGAUUCGGGGGCGGACGACAAGAAGUCGUCAGGCUAAGAAAUGGCAUUUCAAAAGGCAGUGAAAGGGACGAUUCUUGUUGGAGGAGGUGCUCUUGCAACUGUUUUAGGACUUUCUCAGUUUGCUCAUUACAGAAGGAAACAAAUGAACCUGGCCUAUGUUAAAGCUGCGGACUGCAUUUCUGAACCAGUUAACAGGGAGCCUCCUUCCAGAGAAGCUCAACUACUGACCUUACAAAAUACAUCUGAAUUUGAUAUCCUUGUUAUUGGAGGAGGAGCAACAGGAAGUGGCUGUGCGCUGGAUGCUGUCACCAGAGGACUAAAAACAGCCCUUGUGGAAAGAGAUGAUUUCUCAUCAGGGACUAGCAGCAGAAGCACUAAAUUGAUCCAUGGUGGUGUGAGAUAUCUUCAGAAGGCCAUCAUGAAGUUGGAUAUUGAGCAGUAUAGGAUGGUAAAAGAAGCCCUUCAUGAGCGUGCCAACCUGCUAGAAAUUGCUCCCCAUUUAUCAGCUCCAUUGCCUAUAAUGCUUCCAGUUUACAAGUGGUGGCAAUUACCUUACUACUGGGUAGGCAUCAAGCUGUAUGAUUUGGUUGCAGGAAGUAAUUGCCUGAAAAGCAGUUAUGUCCUCAGCAAAUCAAGAGCCCUUGAACAUUUCCCAAUGCUCCAAAAGGACAAACUGGUAGGAGCAAUUGUCUACUAUGAUGGACAACAUAACGAUGCACGGAUGAACCUUGCCAUUGCUCUGACUGCUGCCAGGUAUGGGGCUGCCACAGCCAAUUACAUGGAGGUAGUGAGCUUGCUCAAGAAGACAGACCCUCAGACAGGGAAAGUGCGUGUGAGCGGCGCACGGUGCAAGGAUGUCCUCACAGGGCAGGAAUUUGACGUGAGAGCCAAAUGUGUUAUCAAUGCCACAGGACCUUUCACGGACUCUGUGCGCAAAAUGGAUGAUAAGGAUGCUGCAGCUAUCUGCCAGCCAAGUGCUGGUGUUCAUAUUGUGAUGCCUGGUUAUUACAGCCCAGAGAGCAUGGGACUUCUUGACCCAGCGACCAGUGAUGGGCGAGUUAUUUUCUUCUUACCCUGGCAAAAGAUGACGAUCGCUGGCACUACUGAUACUCCAACUGAUAUCACACACCAUCCAAUUCCCUCAGAAGAAGAUAUCAACUUCAUUUUGAAUGAAGUGCGUAAUUACCUAAGUUGUGAUGUUGAAGUGAGAAGAGGGGAUGUCCUGGCAGCGUGGAGUGGUAUCCGUCCCCUUGUUACAGAUCCCAAAUCUGCAGAUACUCAGUCUAUCUCCCGAAAUCAUGUUGUCGAUGUCAGUGAGAGUGGCCUUAUUACUAUAGCAGGUGGAAAGUGGACAACUUAUCGGUCUAUGGCAGAAGAUACCAUAAAUGCUGCAAUCAAAACUCACAAUUUAAAAGCAGGACCAAGUAGAACAGUUGGGCUUUUUCUUCAAGGGGGUAAAGAUUGGAGCCCCACACUCUACAUUAGGCUUGUCCAGGAUUAUGGACUUGAAAGUGAGGUGGCACAGCAUCUUGCCGCCACCUAUGGUGAUAAGGCUUUUGAGGUGGCCAAAAUGGCAAGUGUUACUGGCAAAAGGUGGCCUAUUGUUGGAGUACGUCUUGUGUCAGAAUUUCCAUAUAUUGAAGCAGAGGUGAAAUAUGGAAUUAAGGAGUAUGCCUGUACUGCUGUGGAUAUGAUUUCACGUCGCACUCGUCUGGCCUUUCUAAAUGUCCAGGCAGCAGAGGAAGCCCUACCCAGAAUUGUUGAACUGAUGGGCAGGGAACUAAAUUGGGAUGAUUAUAAGAAACAGGAACAACUUGAAACAGCCAGAAAGUUUUUAUAUUAUGAAAUGGGCUAUAAAUCUCGAUCAGAACAGCUAACAGAUCGCUCUGAAAUUAGCCUACUGCCUUCAGACAUUGACAGGUAUAAGAAGAGAUUUCAUAAAUUUGAUGCCGACCAGAAAGGCUUUAUUACCAUUGUUGAUGUUCAGCGAGUAUUAGAGAGUAUCAAUGUCCAGAUGGAUGAAAAUACACUCCAUGAAAUUCUAAAUGAAGUCGAUUUGAAUAAAAAUGGACAGGUUGAACUCAAUGAAUUUUUGCAGCUGAUGAGUGCUAUUCAAAAAGGAAGGGUAUCUGGAAGCCGGCUUGCUAUACUAAUGAAAACUGCAGAAGAGAACCUCGACAGAAGAGUUCCAAUUCCAGUGGACCGUAGUUGUGGAGGAUUGUGAGUCUGGGCAGUAAAUCCACAGCCAACAAACACAGGAACGACAAAUCACCACGUAACAACCAGAGAUGACUGAACCCACUCUAAAAUAAUGAAUGUGGAUAGUUGCCUUUUUUAACACUAGAAAACAUUCAAAACUUUAGGAUGUUGGUGUAUUUGCCAGCUUUAUUUGCUGUACUUUAUUUGUAUUUGCCAUUCAGUCUAGCUUUUAAGUGUAUUUUAUUCUUUUUCUCAUUUUCAAUGCACAUUAGUUUUACAUAUAUUUUGUGACCUGUUAGACUUGACACAUUCCCUUUUCGUUUAUUCCUUUAUUCUAAAUCAAUUCUAAAGACAGAAUAUUUUGGUGAAAAUUGAGAAAAGAAGCUGGAGAAAUUUUGUGACAUGCAUUAGACAGCGUGUGUUAUUAAAAAGAGUCACCUAUUGAAAUGAUAGUGUUUGUGGAGGUUUCUCAGCCCCAUCUCCCUCCAGCUUGUCUACCUUCCUCAUGCAAACAAUAUUGCACAUUUGUAUAUCUAGAACAUGACUGGCUAACUGGAGAGGGAAGGAAAAGUUUAGAUCUGGUUACAGGAGCAAGUCUUAAAGAGGAACUCUGAAAGCUUCCAGAAUCACAGGUAUAAGAUAAGGAUAGCAUUGACAUUUGCUGGGAGUUACAGUGAUAGUUUCAUCUCAGCAGUUUUUUUCUUCAGUCACUGCUGGUUUUCUUUGACUAUCAUAGUUGCCAGCAAGAUCCUUGCUUUUCUUACUUUAAAACCAGCUUUAAGUGGCAACUUGGAUUUAAUGGGAUGAGACCAAAUUUAUCUGAUUAUUACAGUAGUAAUACAUUUAAGAGUUAAAAAGGUAUUUUUAUAUAUCCACAUGUGAUUACAAAAGAUUCAAUUCCCAAGCCUAAAUUUUGAAGCAUGUGGUAUUGUCAAAUCUAGCUUAUCGUCUUUUUUGGGGGGGCACUUGCAACCAUAGUAAAGGAGGAUAGAAUAGACUUUAGUUAACUUUAAUUAUAUGUAAAAUAAGGCCCAAACCAGUUUCCGAUGUCAUCAUGGUUGCUUAAAGUCUUUCCCCUUCUGUACUCCAUGGGGAUAUUCUCAAUAAAACAAAAAUAAAAAUGGAA